UGCCUGCCGGAUUAGACCGGGUCGGCUUGGGUGAGCGGCCGCGGGAACAGCGCUUGCGGAUGAUGUGGGGCAGCGGUCGCCUGGCGGGGGAUGGGGGUGACGGGGCGGUCGUGACCGUGGCCUUCACCAACGCUCGCGACUGCUUCCUCCAUUUGCCGCGGCGUCUCGUGGCCCAGCUGCAUCUGCUGCAGAAUCAAGCUAUAGAAGUAGCCUGGGGUCACGAGCCUGCAUUCUUGAGCUGGGUAGAAGGCAGACAUUUUAGUGAUCAAGGUGAAAAUGUGGCUGAAAUUAGCAGACAAGUUGGUCAGAAACUUGGACUUUCAAAUGGGGAACAGGUGUUUCUCAAGCCUUGUUCCCAUGUGGUGUCUUGUCAACAAGUUGAGGUGGAACCCCUCUCAGUGGAUGAUUGGGAGAUACUGGAGCUGCAUGCUGCUUCCCUUGAACAGCAUCUUCUGGAUCAAAUUCGAAUAGUUUUUCCAAAAGCCAUUUUUCCUGUUUGGGUUGAUCAGCAAACUUACGUAUUUAUCCGGAUUGUUGCACUAAUACCAGCUGCUCCUUAUGGAAGGCUGGAAACUGAUAGCAAACUCCUUAUUCAGCCGAAGACCCACGAAGCCAAAGAGAAUACGUUUUCAAAAGCAGAUAAUGCACAUGGAAAAUUUCGUAAAUAUGGAGGAGACCAAAAAGAAUUGACAAGAGAACUUCAAACCAAGCAACUUCAGUCAAAUACUGUAGGAGUCACUGGGUCUAAAGAAACAGAUUCAGAGGGUACAAUUGACUCAUCAUUAAUACCAAGCUUAUGGGCUGUGAUAGGAAGCAUUUUUUCUUUUGGGUCUGAGAAGAAACAAGACACAUCCUGGGGGUUAACUGAAAUCAAUGCAUUCAAAAAUAUGCAGUCAAAAGUUGUUCCUCUGGAUAAUAUUUUCAGAGUAUGUAAAUCUCAGCCUCCCAGCAUAUGUAAUGCAUCAGCAACUUCUCUGUUUCACAAACAUUAUGCCAUUCAUGUAUUUCCAUGGGACCAGGAAUAUUUUGAUAUGGAACCCAGCUUUACUGUGACCUAUGGAAAGCUAGUUAAACUACUUUCUCCAAAGCAACAGCAAAGUAAAACGAAGCAAAAUGCCCUGUCACCUGAAAAAGAGAAGCAGAUAUCAGAACCACUAGAUCAAAAACAGAGUAGCCCAGACCAUAGUCAAGAAGGUGGCAAUGCCUGUGUGCUAAAGGUAGUCUGGAAUGGACUUGAGGAAUUGGAGAAUGCCAUUAAAUACACCAAAAACUUAGAAGCUCUUCAUCUUGGGAAAGUUUGGAUUCCAGAUGACCUGAGAAAGAGACUAAAUAUAGAAAUGCAUGCAGUAGUCAGAAUAACUCCAGUGGAAAUUACCCCUAAAAUUCCAAGAUUUCUAAAAUUACAACCUAGAGAAAACUUACCUAAAGACAUAAGUGAAGAAGACAUAAAAACUGUGUUCUAUUCAUGGCUACAGCAGUCUACUACUACCACACUUCCUCUGAUAGUAUCAAAGGAAGAAUAUAUUAAGUUGGAAAUGAAAGAUGGGUUGAAGGAGUUUGCUCUGAAUAUAGUUCAUUCUUGGGAAAAGGAAAAAGAAGAAACUCUUUUUCUGUUGAGUACCAAUCUGUUACAGAAGAUGACAAUACAAGUCCUUCUGGAUCCUAUGGUAAAAGAAGAAAACAGUGAGGAAAUUGACUUUAUUCUUCCUUUUUUAAAGCUGAACUGCUUGGGAGGAGUGAACUCCUUAGGCGUCUCCUCGGUGGAGCACAUCACUCAUAGCCUCCUAGGACGCCCUUUGUCUCGGCAGCUGAUGGCCCUUGUGGCAGGACUUAGAAACGGAGCCCUUUUACUCACGGGAGGAAAGGGGAGUGGAAAAUCAACUUUAGCGAAGGCAAUCUGUAAAGAAGCAUUUAACAUAUUGGAUGCCCAUGUGGAAAUAGUUGACUGUAAAGCUUUACGAGGAAAAAGGCUUGAAAACAUACAGAAAGCCCUAGAGGCAGCUUUCUCAGAGGCGGUGUGGCGGCAGCCUUCUGUUGUCCUGUUGGAUGACCUGGAUCUUGUUGCUGGCCUGCCUGCUCUUCCAGAACACGAGCACAGUCCUGAGGCUGUGCAGAGCCGGAGGCUCGCACAUGCUUUGAACGAUGUGGUGAAAGAGUUUAUUUCCAUGGGAAGUUUGGUGGCACUGAUUGCUACAAGCCAGUCUCAACAUUCUCUACAUCCUUUACUUGUUUCUGCUCAAGGAAUUCACAUAUUUCAGUGUGUCCAGCAUAUUCAACCUCCCGACCAGGAUCAAAGAUGUGAAAUUCUGUAUAAUGUAAUAAAAAAUAAGCUAGACUGUGAUAUGAACAAGUUCACUGAUCUUGAUCUGCAGUGUAUAGCAAAAGAAACUGAAGGGUUUGUGGCUAGAGAUUUUACAGUGCUUAUGGAUCGAGCCAUACAUUCCUGUCUCUCUCAUCAGAGUAUAUCCACCAGGGAAGAAUUAGUUUUAACAACAUUGGACUUGCGAAAGGCUCUCCGAGGAUUUAUUCCUGUGUCUCUGCGAGAUGUUGACCUGCAUAACCCUAGGGAUCUGGGCUGGGAUAAGAUUGGAGGAUUACACGAAGUUCGGCAGAUACUUGUGGACACUAUCCAGUUACCAGCCAAGUACCCAGAAUUAUUUGCAAACUUGCCCAUACGACAGAGGACAGGAGUGCUGUUGUAUGGUCCUCCUGGAACAGGAAAAACCUUACUAGCUGGAGUAAUUGCACGAGAGAGUGGAAUGAAUUUUAUUAGUGUCAAGGGACCAGAGUUACUCAGCAAAUAUAUUGGAGCAAGUGAACAAGCUGUACGGGAUAUUUUUAUUAGAGCGCAGGCUGCAAAGCCCUGCAUCCUUUUCUUUGAUGAAUUUGAAUCUAUUGCACCUCGACGAGGCCACGAUAAUACAGGAGUUACAGAUCGUGUAGUUAACCAGUUGCUGACUCAGUUGGAUGGAGUAGAAGGCUUACAGGGUGUUUAUGUAUUGGCUGCCACUAGUCGCCCUGACUUGAUUGACCCUGCCCUGCUCAGGCCUGGCCGACUAGAUAAAUGUGUAUACUGUCCUCCUCCUGAUCAGGUGUCACGUCUUGAAAUUUUAAACGUUCUCAGUGACUCUCUACCUCUGGCAGAUGAUGUGGACCUUCAGAACGUGGCAUCAGUAACCAACUCCUUUACGGGAGCUGAUCUGAAAGCUUUACUUUAUAAUGCCCAGUUAGAGGCCUUACAUGGAAGGCUGCUGUCCUAUGGGCUGCAGGAUGGAGGUUCCAGCUCUGAUAGUGACCUGAGUCUGUCUUCAAUGGUUUUUCUAAACCACAGUAGUGGCUCUGAUGAUUCAGCUGGAGAUGGAGAAUGUGGCUUAGAGCAGUCCCUUGUUUCUCUAGAGAUGUCUGAGGUGCUUCCAGAUGAAUCAAAAUUCAAUAUGUACCGGCUCUACUUUGGAAGCUCUUAUGAAUCAGAACUUGGAAACGGAACCUCUUCUGAUUUGAGCUCACAGUGCCUUUCAGCACCAAGCUCCAUGACUCGGGAUUUUCCUGGAGUUCCUGGGAAAGAUCAGUCUUCACUACCCCCAGUCUUCAGAACAGCCUCACAAGAGGGUUAUCAAGAGCUCACACAGGAACAAAGAGAUCAACUGAGGGCAGAUAUCAGUAUUAUCAAAGGCAGAUACCAAAGCCAAAUCGGAGAGGAUGAUGCCCUUAACCAACCAGGCCCCAUCAGAACCAGUCUGGCUAUUAGUCAGUCACAUUUAAUGACUGCGCUCAGUCACACAAGGCCAUCCAUCAGUGAAGAUGACUGGAAGAACUUUGCUGAGCUGUAUGAAAGCUUUCAAAAUCCAAAGAAGAGAAAAAAUCAAAGUGGAACAGUGUUUCGACCUGGACAGAAAGUAACUCUGGCAUGAAAUAUACUUCUGAUUUUUUUGUGUGUUUAUGUGUGUGGUGGUUUGUCCCUGUGUUGUAACAGCGAAAAUGGUGUCUGUACAUUUCUUUUUAAUUUAACUUAAUUUGUUAAUCUAUAAAAUCAAAGAUUGGUAAACCUGUGUUUAUGUAAUCAGGAUUACUUGAUAUUAAUACUUUAGAAUAAAUUGGGAUACUUAUAAGAGAUUCUGUAUUUUAUUACCUAUAUAUUUAAAUCCUUAAUGAAGUAAUAUUGGCCAAAUGGAAUAACUGAUUUUUUUCUCCUUUGAAGAAGAAAAGGGAAUGUAAUUAAAUUCAUUUCUUAGAAUUCACUGACAGUUGCAUAUUCAGCAUUUUUUUUUCCGGUACGCGGGCCUCACUGCUGUGGCCUGUCCCGUUGCGGAGCACAGGCUCCGGACGCGCAGGCUCAGCGGCCAUGGCUCACGGGACCAGCCGCUCCGCAGCAUGUGGGAUCUUCCCAGACCGGGGCACGAAUCUGUGUCCCCUGCAUUGGCAGGUGGACUCUCAACCACUGCGCCACCAGGGAUGCCCUCAGCAUCUUUCUUGCAUUUGACAAGCUUUAUGCUUAGCACCUUCUUGACUGUUUUGGAAAUAAAAUAUCCGAUUAUCUACUGAUCCAAUAAUCUGUUCUGAUUAUCUGAAAAUGUGGAAUUUACACACAAUUUAAAUAAAUUUAGUUGUUCCUUCAAUCAGCAGUGAGAUGACAUCCCCCUAAUAUACUACAUCCAGCUGCAAGGCCAGGAGCUU